AUGGGAUGUGUAUUAUAUCUAUUUAUUUUCACAAGUUUGGUAGGAACAUUGGCCUCCACCUCUCCUUUAAAGGCAACUUCUAGAGAUGGACCAAUCGGCCUACCAAACAACGUCAUAUUACGUGCGUCCAAAACACACCGAAGAAGACACAACAAGGAGAUGAUUGAGAACACCAACAAUGAAUAUACACGCGAGUACACAAAGCAACUGGAGAACAUAGCCAGAAACUCAACCUCAAGUAUUAAGGAGAUGAGUCAGGCUAUAGCACAGGACCAAAGAAAUGGCAUUAUUACGAAUGGAGCAGCUUCUAACGUUUCACCAAACUUUGACUAUGUGCCAGAAUGGCUUCAACUUAUAUCCACCUCGUUACAGUCUCCUAAGGAAUUCAUUUUUGGGGCACUAACUUCUCUUACUAGCAUGGGUUUGAGUACCGUGCUGCAAAAUCAAGCUUUUAAAAAUGUAUCAUGUACACUAUUCUCUACCGAGACUGAAAAGGCGAUUUGCAUGACACAGAGUAUCGACAACAUCAACAACAUAGUUUCAAUUGGAACACGAAUUUUGAGUCUCAAUUUUCGUAUAUUAUCAGGUGGAAGAAUUGCCGAUGACGCCCUUGUAGCCUUGGAUACUUUGGCAACGGACCACAAAAAUGUUAAUAUAAUAAAGUCGUUAGGUUCUACCGUUGUUUUGUACAUUACCCUAAUGAGGGAAUCUGUUCCUGAUGAGUAA